GAAAUGUCAAUCUGAGCAAGGGAGUCCCAAUAAUCUAAAGCAAUCUGUAAGGACCUGACCUUAGUCCAUCCAGAUCAAUAGGGAAGUGAGGGUGGAAAGGAGAAGAAGAGGGAGAAAUAAGGGGCGCACCCGGAUCGCUUACACUGGCCGUUCCCGAGGAAAUAUAGACUUUCCCCGAGCUCGCACCUUUUGUUGCUCACAUGCUCACAUUGUAAAAGUGGAUAUCGAGGCAAUUCCAUUGCUUUGUGUGAGGCUGCAGCAGACUUUCCGCGCGUUUUUUCCGCCACCAUGUCGUUCCCUCAGCUGGGAUAUCAGUACAUCCGACCGAUAUACCCGCCGGAGCGCCAGGGGAUCUCCGGCAGUGCGCGCGGCGGGCCGGAGCUGAGCCCGUCCGGCGCGCUCUCCAACGUCCUCUCCUCCAUGUACGGAGCCCCGUUCGCCGCCGCGGCGCAGGGCUACGGCGCCUUCCUGCCCUACACCAACGACAUUUCCAUCUUCAACCAGCUGGGAGCCCAGUAUGAGCUGAAGGACAGUCCUGGCGUGCAGCACCCGGGCUUCGCCCACCACCACCCGGCCUUCUACCCCUACGGCCAGUACCAGUUCGGUGACCCGUCCAGACCCAAGAACGCCACCCGGGAGAGCACCAGCACCCUGAAGGCCUGGCUCAGCGAGCACCGCAAGAACCCCUACCCCACCAAGGGCGAGAAGAUCAUGCUGGCCAUCAUCACCAAGAUGACGCUCACGCAGGUGUCCACCUGGUUCGCCAACGCCAGGAGGCGGCUAAAGAAGGAGAACAAGAUGACCUGGACCCCUCGGAACCGCACCGACGAAGAGGGGAACGUUUACACCAGCGACCACGAGGGCGAGGAGGAGGGCGACAAGAGGGACGACGAGGAGGAGAUCGACCUGGAGAACAUCGACACGGAGAAUAUUGAGAAUAAGGACGACUUGGACGAGCAGGACGACCUGCAUUCGGACCUGAAACUGGACGGGAGGAGUGACUCCGAGAUUUCGGACGGCUAUGAGGAUUUACAAGGGCCGGAGCAGAGGUUUCUGAAGGCUGUGCAGCAGGGGAAGGAGGGUAAAGAGAGAGGGGGGGGACACUUCCACAGCCACCAGCACCAGCACCAGCCGAGCCUCAACCUCAACAACCCGGUCCCGGCCAGCUCGCCGCCGUCGGAGAGCAACCCCGCCCCCCCACAGAAGCCAAAGAUCUGGUCUUUGGCAGAGACGGCCACGGCCCCCGACAACCCGCGCAAGACGCACGGCGGUGGCGGCGGCGCGGUGCCGGGCGCACCGGCAGCCGCGGCCGGUGCGCCCGGCGCGGCCGCCGCGCAGCAGCAGCAGCAGGCCAUCAUCGGCCCACACAGACUCAUCUCCUCCUGCCCGGUCGGGAAAAUGCAGAACUGGACGAACCGGGCGUUUUCGGCGCACCAGCUGGCUUUACUGAACUCUAACCACUACCUGCAGGGACUGGCCAGCCAGGCCACCGCCACGGGCCUGCAGGCGCUGUACAGCAGCAGCAGGCACACGGACGACAAGAGCCACAGCUCAGACACAGUCACAGGUACAUGUCCCCGACACUGAGACGCGCAUGCAGAAAACAUCACGCAAAAUGUCAUCGUCCGUCACUCAUUUCUUUUAUUUUAUAAACCUCCUUUUGCCAUCUUUUGCCUCAUGGAUUAUUUGUUUUUUUUUUUGU